GGGGAGCUCUGGGUGGAGGGGCUUUUACUAUGUAAUAAGUCAGGGUAAGAAAGUAUGAGCUGAAACUCCGCAAUCCGCACACUUGAUUGGCGACCUGUGGAGAACAAAUAGCGGCGACCAGGAAUCAGAAAGCUUUCUCUGUAUGAGUUGCUGAUUGGUGAAAACCAAAGGAUUGAGAAUACAAUCAUCCUGGACAAAAGAGAAGAAAGAAGAGAGGCAUAUACCACAGAACCUUGUGGUGAAUAAAAAAAACGACAAAGCAAAAAAAGACAGCUUUACCAGUUCAGCAUCUCUCAUCAGCUUGGCAUCUUACCACAUCUCUCAUCAUGCCUGUUGUGGUCCACUCCAACUCUCUUCUAUGGAUUCGGUUGGCAGCCCUGAUCUUCUCCUGCGUGGCCUUCUCUGUGGCCGUGCAUGGUGCCAGACUCAUGCAUGGCACAGGAGACUGGUGCCUCUUCUGCUGGACCUUCAGCUUUGCCGGGACUCUGUUGGUUUUCCUGGUGGAGCUGUUUGGCCUCCAGGCUCGAGCCCCAGUUUCCUGGAAGAACUUCCCCAUCACCUUUGCCUGCUACGCAGCCCUCCUCUGCCUGUCUGCCUCCAUUAUCUUUCCCCUCUACUUCCUGAAGGGCGCAACGGGCGCCAGUCGGAUACGUGACUUUCGCAUUGUGACUACUGUGUUCUCCUGCUUGGCCACCAUCGCCUACAUGGCUGAGGUGAGCAUCAGCAGGGCCCGUCCCGGCGAGGUGUCCGGCUACAUGGCCACGGCCCCCGGCCUGCUUAAGGUGUGCGAGACCUUCGUGGCCUGCGUCAUUUUCGUCUUCAUCAGUGACCCCGUACUCUACGACCGCCAUGAAGCUCUCAAAUACUGCCUGGCCGCCUACUGCAUCUGCUUCAUCCUGUCUGCGGCCAUCAUCUUGCUUUGCAUCGGCGAGUGGACUGGCUGCCUCCCCUUCCCCUUUGCCCGCUUCCUCUCUGCUUACGGCCUAUUGGCUGUGGUGCUGUACCUGUCGGUGACCAUCAUCUGGCCCAUCUACAACUUUGACCCCAAGCACGGAGGAACGAAAACCAGGCCCUAUGCAUGCAGCAGCUCGCAUGGGCUGUGUACCUGGGAUAAGAUGAUGGCUGUGGCUGUGCUCACCGCCGUCAACUUCAUCUUGUACUUGGCUGACAUGCUCUACUCUGCCCGUCUAGUGUUUGUCAGUGCUUGAGGGAGGUAAGAUUGACGACAGAUAAGAGGAAGGGUGUGGCGAGAAAGAGCGAGCCAGGAAGGAGAACAGGGAGAGUUUGAGAUCAUUGGCUACGUUAACAUACAAAGUAAAAAUCCCCUUAACGUGUUCGAGCGUUCUUUUCAUGAGUUGGUCACGUGUAAUGUCACAUCCUGUUUACAAUAGCUUGGAUAAAGUCACAUCUUCAUUGUGAGAGACCUGUAAAUGUUUGCUGAGACAUGCCACAGCUAGCUGCCAGACCUUAUCCUUUACUGUUGUUAUUUGGUAUCGGUGCAAGCGUUAUGUCCAUUGCAAUACUCUGCCUUGAAUGAGACCUUAACCAGGAUACAAGUUUUACCCACAAUGCUGUGUGAACGUCAACGUAUUCAGAGAUGAGGGGUGAGAAGAUACCAAAGUAAAUGGCGGCUUACGGUUUAUUUUAUUUGUUAGUUAUUUGUCAAGUCUAUAAAGCCUUUAGUCUAAGAGACUCCCAAGCACUGUGGUCAUUUGAUUUCAAAGGAGAAACAAAAUGGAAAAAAUUAGAUUUUGGAAUGGAAUGGAAGCAAUUAGCUCAAAUAGCAUUUAGUGGAAUCCAGAAAUAUAUUCCCCAAAAAAAGAUGUAUUUUGGCAUUUUUAUUUUCCGUUUUUUAUUUGUUUGUUGAUUUUUAUAUUUCUAAUUUCACUUAAGUGAGAUCAAAAUACAAUUGAUAGACAAGUCACUCCCAAUUAUAUCUUCCUUACCUUAUACAGGGAUGAGGACGUCCGCACAGACCAAGUUGUUUUAGCUGUCCAUCAUCGACGUAUUUCUAAACUACUCCAAUGUUUUCAAGACCCGAAGAAGAACAAAAAUAGUUUAGACAAUGUAAUAAGGAACGCUAAGUUAGCUUUUUGCUCGUGAUAUGACACUGUAUGCAUAUCUACAGGCUUCAGCCAAUGACAAGAAUAUAUUUAGCAAGAAUAUAUAUAUAAGAAUGUGGAUUUUUAAAAAGAAGACUAUUGUUUAAUGUGCACUUGUGUUUAGUAUCUUAUAUGUUUUCCCAUUCAGUGUAAUACAGUGCUUCAAAAUGUUAAAGCAUCUGUCAACAUCUAACUCAACACCACGUUAGUAACAUACAUGUAACAUACAUGUUGUCAAUAUGGCCCAUUAGAUUUGUACCGUUUAAAAAAAUCUCCGGAAAAAGGUAAAAAAAAAAAGAAUCCACGAUGUCAGUGUCAUAGUCUUUGAACUUUUUUUUGUAUUCCACUGUUUUUCUGUUUUAAGUCUGCAUACCACUUCAGAAUUAUAGGAAAAUGUAACCCAGCGUUUCAAUAAAAUCACAUGG